AUUACAGAGAAUCGUUGGGGAUUUUAAACUAGUGGACUGUUUUAGCACCAUGCAUCCUGGAGCCACACCUGGUUCAGCGGUGACGGCUCUAUGGCCUCUCGUAUCGAUUAUUUCUUCAUCAGGGAUUGCGCCCUAACUGAUGCUAGAUUGUCACCGGCUUUCUUUUCCGAUCACCUCCUUCUGUCCUCCUUCACUUCCUUCAGGUGCGACGACCGGGAGAGGUCUGUGGAAACUCAACCGCUCCCUGCUGGAGGACCAGGUUCUGGUCGGCCAGUACCGGGAGCGGUACCGUGAGUGGCAGACCCUCCAAGACCUGUACGAAACACGAGCACAGUGGUGGGAGAUGGUGAAAGGACCGGGAACCAGUGACUCCAGUGCGCGGCCUCCUGUAUGGAGACGCCUCCACCGUUUGGCGCAACGUGAGCCAUCCCGUCCUUCCAAACAGACUCCAGGAUGUCAUGGAUGGUGGCUCAUGGGAUCCUGCCGGUCAGAGCUGUUAUGCUCCCGCGGCAUGUCUGCAACGUCCAUCUGCCCCCGACCCGGUUGUGGCGCGCCGGAGUCGGUGAGGCACCUGCUGUGGGAGUGCAGCGCUGCUGUGGACCUGUGGGCGAAGGCCGGCUCCUUGCAAUUCCCACACUUGCCAGCAAGGGAGGUCCUCCAUGGGCAGCUAGUGCUGUACGGGGUGAGCCAGCAGAAAACGACUAAAAAGGACUUUGCUGAGAGGUGGCUCACCCUAGCCACCAUCAAAGACACCAUUUGGACCUCCAGAAACUUGCUGGUGAGCAGGCGCAGGCAGAUGCCCCCCGUGGCUGUGAUCCGGAUGGCGGCAGCAAAAAGAGGAACAUCAAGGGCUGCAGGUGGCGCGCCAAGGACACAGCCACCAAGGAGAAUCGCCUGCGCCUCCGUGGACGAAGGAGCCGGCGCUCCACGAAAAGAGGUCCAAGCAGCGGCGGCCUGGCUCUCCGGGUGAGGCAGGAGGGAAGGAGCUUCAGGGCAGGAUCCCCUCUGAGCACCAGCGCUGUUUGGAAGGACGGGACGGCUCCGGACUUUGGAAGGAGUCACACCGGUCCU